AUGUUGCCUCCUCCCAAAGUUAGAGGAGGACAGGGAUACUUCUGUUCUAUUCAGGCUGUAUUCCUGGUACCUUGCACAGUGGCUGGUGAGCCCCAGGCACUGAGUAUUUGCUUAGUAAAAUCCACUGGUUUGGGUUCCAAAGAGGAGGAGAGUAGAGAGCAAGGAAGAAAUGACCACGACACCAGGCACAGCCUCUACCAGAGGCAGGCAGCUUUCCACCCACAGGCUGCCAGUUCUGUGACUCUGCUGUGUGCAGCCAUGCUGCGGUGGGGGCUGCUGCUAUCCCUCUGCAGGGCAGGGAUCCUCCUGCUCUUCUCAGCUACAGGCGACAUCUUGGACUCUGAUCCUGCUUCACGGCACAGAAUCUCCUUGGAGUCAUCCCUGGAGUGGACUGCUCUUCCAAAGAAAGCUGAGGUUCUUAUUGGUGCAGAAACCUUCGUGCAAUUUGAAGAAAGAAUGACGUGGUUGUCAGCUCUGAAGUACUGUCGUAACCACUACACUGACCUGGCCGACCUGCAGAGAGUGACUAAGGAAAACAAGGCGAACUUGAAGGACCUCACCAAUGAGACAGAGGCCUGGAUUGGCCUCUACAUCAAUGCAAACUCCAGGACUCUAACGUGGUUCAGCGACUUGGGUGACCACAUACCCUCCUGGUUGGAGAAGCCUAAGUUCAGCAGAGGACUGUGUGCAGGGCUCCGCACCUAUUCACACUUUGGCCCCAAGGUUUAUACAGUUGUUUGCUCUUCCCGACAACCUUUCAUCUGCUUCUAUGCUAUGGCUAGUUCAGAGGCUGACACUGAUACAAGAGAUUCAGCUACUACCACUACCACUAUCACCACUACUACAACUCAGGUCCAACAUUUAAGCUCAUCACACCCAGUGUCUAAAGAAAAAACAUCAGCAUCUCAAUCAGAGUACUCUUUUGGAAUCCUGAAGGCAGAUUUUACCAUUUCAACUCUCAUGGAUCCAGAAGAGAUGAAAGAACAAUUUUUAAGAGAGAUCCAAGAAGUCUUAAAGCUUAUAGUAGGUCAUGAGCAAUUCAGACUGAAAUGGGUUGGUUUUGAAGAGAACAAAAAGUAGCACACGUCUACUGAUUUGCAGUUUCUCUUUUACUCAGUCUUCUCUGGAUUUUCAGUAAGUUUUGGUUAAUUCCUAAAAGAACAGGAUUAGAAAUAACUUUGAGAUAUGCCAGAAGGCACAGACCUACAACUAGCACCAAAGCAAACUACAGGUGAAACUUGCAUUCUUGGAUUUUAUGAAAUGAAACAGAUAAGCAGAAGAUGGCAGUAUGUGGGAGCAAAAACCUCGAGAGUGACAAACAAGGACAAAAAUCUGAACCAGACAACAAAAAUUCUGAAAACCCCCAUAAAUCUGUCUGAGGAAUAUAAGAGAGCACAGUAGUGGUUUAGAAAGGUAAAUGGGGCCACAUUUCCAGUGCUGGGGAUUGAAUCAUGGGGUUCAUGUAUGCUACGCAAGUGCUCCACUACUGAGCUGUAUCUGCAGCCCCACAACACAUAUGUGUUAAUGCUAACU